GCGACGAUGGAGAGGCAAAUUCGAGCUGUAUACGAUGCCCUCGACAACGGGUCAAACAAAACUGCAAUAGCAGCAUGCCAAAAAAUACUAAAGAAGCAGCCCAAACACGAGCUCACUAAAACUCUUCUCGCUCUUGCAUUGGUUCGCUCGCAGAAGGUCGAGGAGGCACUUUCCCACUGCGACGAAGUCCUUGCUGCGAAACCUACGAACGAUGCGGUGCUUACAGCGAUGAUCCAUGUACUCCGUGGCCUUGGUCGACAAAAGGAUAUUGUGUCUAUGUUCGAAGAGGCGUCAAAACAAAUUCCGGAUAGCGAAGAACUUGCAACCCAAACAUUCCUGGCAAAUAUUCGCGUCCAGAAUUUCAAGGCAGCUCAACAAAUUGCGGGUAGGAUGCAUAAGCAAUUCCAGGAAGAUAGGUAUAUCUACUGGCACGUUCUCAGCGCAAUUUUACAAGCCAGCGAACCUUCGACCUCAUCAGACAUGCGCGUGUUGCUAUUCAAGCUCGCCCAUCGAUUGAUAACUGCGUCUCCCACUCCGCCAUAUGUCAAUGCAGACCGAUUCCAUCUUCAUCUUGUUAUCCUACGCGAACUUGGAUUGUUUGACGAAGCGCGAACCCUUCUAGAAAGCGAAGUCGGCAAGAGUAUAUGCGCCGCAAGUUUAGCGUGCAACGAGGUCCGGCGCGAUAUAUGGCGGGCGCAUGGACUGUUUGAAGAGGAAGGUCAGAAGGCAGAGGCCCGAAUCACACAGCAAAACGACCGCAACUGGCUCGAGUUUCUUUCAGUGAUCGAUGCAGCAUUGUUGCAAGUGGAAUCAAAACCAGAACCAGACGAGGCAGAAAAGGCGGAUCGUUCUGCCCGUUUGACCAAAACACGACAGCUUUUCACCAAACUUGCAGAGGACGACGGCUUGAAAGAUCGAUCGGCUGCCCUGGCCCUUGUAGAGCUUGAAAAACGUGCAAACUUUUACGAUCUUUCGUCUGAUCCACAUGGGUUGAUCGACGUAAUGAAACAUUACUUCGAGCUGUUUGGUGACAAGGCUUGUUGCUUCGAAGACCUCAAGCCCUACGUAUCGUUGCUUGAGGGUGAUGACUUACCUCAGUGGACGGCGUUCCUCCAGUCAUCAAUAGACGUGUCUAUCGACAACAGCAAUGUCCUCAGGAAACUAAUCAAUGCCCAAAAAUUACUGCGGUACAACACCCCAGAACUUACCCUACCCGAAGAAUCCGCCCGCGCGACACAAUAUACGCAACAAUACCUUGAAUCACUAAUCCAUGGGUCUGGUCUCCCAGCGACAGAACUGCAGCCUGCGGAUGAUCUCGCUAUUCUUGCUGCCAGUUCUUUUAUUAGUAUUUGGCAGCUGUCCAACGACGAGAAACAUCUCUAUAAUGCUGCUGCGCUCCUCGAGUUUGCUUUGACAAAAAGCAAACAAGCAUUCCAAAUGAGACUGCUACUGGUUCGAAUAUACCGUCUACUGGGUGCACCGUCUGCGGCCCUAGACCACUAUCGUGCUAUGCAGAUCAAGCAAGUUCAGCAUGACACGUUGUCCCAUUUCCUCAUCUCACGCUCCUCCACUUUUUCCUUGGCCGCUUCUGGAGAUCUUACCUAUCAUACGGAAUGCAUUGAAUCCUCUCAAAUCUACAUCUCGAAUCUUCAAGACACUGGCGAAUAUAUCGCACGUGCUUUCACCGGGGAAAAAUACUCUCAGAUCCCUGAAUUCAUCCUCUUCGAGGACAGACUCGAAUAUUCUUUGCAGCGAGAUCUUGUCAAAGUCGAGGACCUUCGCAUACGACUAACUCAUGAGCCUAUAUCUUCGGACCUUAUUGACAUGGAACUCAUUGAACUCAAGUUCAGUCUAGAUAGGCUGCACUAUGAUAACCGAGACUUCGAUAUUUUAGCGAAUUACCAACCGAGGAUAUCUGCAAGCACAAAUGACCAAACACUGCUGUUCGGUAAGCCGGAGGGUCGAGGCUGGUUAACUACAUUCCUCAAAAUAUAUACUCGGGCUUUCCAGCAAGCCAGUGAUCUGGAUGAUACUGUGGAAGAAAAACUUCUGAUCGGUGAUCGACCAAAGCAAAGCUCCCCGGAUGCCAAAAUUCCCCUCAAAGACCGACUACACCACCAUCUCGAGAAAGAUCUGGUUGAACUCACCACCGACGAACUGAGCUUCCUCAAGUACUGCUCGACACUGGCGGACUGGUUGGAACCAUACCACGACUAUGCACGUCCACCGCCAGCAGUUGUUCUGGCAGAGGCAGCGAAAUUGACGCAAGCCAAAACUGGGCAACCGUUAAAAGGUGUCGAUUUGCCGCCGAAGAACGGUACUGCGGCUACGAACGGCUCCUCAAAGAAAGAUGAGGAGCCUCCUGCCGUUGUUGCGCCUCCCACGGACCUUGCACAGUUCUUUGAUGACAUGAAAGCACGUUUCGAGGCUGUUAAGGCCGAGCCUUCGCCCACAAUGGCGCUCCACGUCGCCAGCUUGACACAGGAAGCGUGCCUGUUCUUCUUGGUUGAAUCUCUCCGAUUCAAGAACCCUUCGGCGGUGAAGACGAACAAACUUGGAGCUCUCACCCAACAGCUGAAGCCUAUUCGCACCGCUGCUCUUAAUGCUCUUCGGGACAUCUCAGCAAGCCUGAUCAAACUUGCGGAGACGGAGGGCACUGCUGAGCGCCGCAAAAUCUUUGUCGAUGGGUGUUCCCCUAUAAUAAACUCUAAUAUUGACCAUGACUUCGUCUUGAAUGUGGCCAAGAAAGUAACAGACUCGCGGAAGAAGGUUUUGGACGGGUAUGGAAAGGGCAUGGCCCGGUUAAUAACCACUAGUUCAAAAUAA